GAUUGGUGCUGUGACCUGCGGCAGCACAGCCGCCCGGGUUGAGCACCCAUGGUGGGCUGGACAUCACACUAGGUGCUGACAGGACCGGCAGAGGCGGCCGCUGCCCUCGUCCCCAGCCUGUACUCCUGGGCGAAGGCUGAUGCUGAACAGGGUGCUGUGGGCCCAGAAGCGCCCAUGCCAGAGGGCAUCCAGAACCAGGCAAAUCUGGGCCUUGCGGGCCCUUGGACCAGUGUCUGUCUGCGGGGAGCCCCCAGUAACCGCUCAGAUCAGCCCGAGGGAAGAUUCUGGACGAGACCGUGGCUGCCCCCGGGGUGGCCCAUGGACACCAGCAGGGGCUCCCAGGAGUGGCCAGGCCCUGCCCGCCCACCAUGCUGCAGUGUAGACACGCACAGGAGUUCAGCUUCGGGCCCCGGGCCCUGAAGGAUGCCCUGGUCUCCACUGACGCGGCCCUGCAGCAGCUGUACGUCACCACCUUCUCCCCUGCCGAGCGGCUCUUCCUGGCCGAGGCCUACAACCCGCAGAGGACACUCUUCUGCACCCUGCUCAUCCGCACGGCCUUCGACUGGCUCCUGAGCCGCCCCGAGGCCCCCGAGGACUUCCAGACCUUCCACGCCUCCCUGCAGCACCGGAAGCCCCGGCUGGCUCGGAAGCACAUCUACCUACAGCCGAUAGAUCUGAGCGAGGAGCCAGUGGGAAGCUCCCUGCUGCGCCAGCUGUGCAGCUGCACCGAGGCCUUCUUCCUGGGCCUGCGUGUCAAGUGCCUGCCCUCGGUGGCGGCCGCGUCCAUCCGCUGCUCCUCGCGCCCCAGCCGGGACUCUGACAGGCUCCAGCUCCACACAGACGGCAUCCUGUCCUUCUUGAAGAACAACAAGCCAGGGGACGCACUGUGUGUGCUGGGCCUCACGCUGUCCGACCUGUACCCCCACGAGGCCUGGAGCUUCACCUUCAGCAAGUUCCUUCCAGGGCACGAAGUGGGCGUCUGCAGCUUCGCCCGGUUCUCGGGGGAAUUCCCGAAGUCGGGGCCCAGCGCCCCUGAUCCAGCCUUGGUGGAGGCAGCAGCAGAUGGCCCUGAGGCCCCCCUGCAGGACAGAGGCUGGGCCCUGUGCUUCAGUGCCCUGGGGAUGGUUCAGUGCUGCAAGGUCACGUGCCACGAGCUCUGCCACCUUCUGGGCCUGGGGAACUGCCGCUGGCUCCGCUGCCUCAUGCAGGGUGCGCUCAGCCUGGAUGAGGCCCUGCGGCGGCCCCUGGACCUCUGUCCCAUCUGUCUGCGAAAGCUGCAGCACAUCCUGGGCUUCAGGCUCAUCGAGAGGUACCAGAGACUCUACACCUGGACUCAGGCGGUGGCAGGGACAUGGCCCAGCCAGGAGGCGGGGGAGCCGUCGGUGUGGGAGGACACCCCGCCCGCCAGCGCUGACUCGGGCAUGUGCUGCGAGAGUGACUCGGAGCCCGGCACCAGCGUGUCCGAGCCCCUCACCCCUGAAGCCUGCAGUCAUGCCUUCUCCUCGGGGCCAGAGGUGGAGCCAGAGGAAGGGCUGAGCUCCCUGGUGGCCUCAGAGGCUCCGCCAGCACUUGGGGGCCCUGCGGAGGCUAUCAAGGAGCAUGAACGGUGGCUGGCCAUGUGCAUCCAGGCCCUGCAGCGGGAAGUGGCGGAGGAGGAGCUGGCACAGGUGGACAGAGCCGUGGAUGCCCUCGACCGCUGGGAGAUGUUCACGGGCCAGCUCCCGGCCAUCAGGCAGGACCCACCCAGCAGCAAUGACAGUGUGGGGCUGCGCAAGGUCCUGGGGGACAAGUUCUUCUCCCUGAGGAGGAAGCUGAGUGCCCGAAAACUCUCCAGAGCAGAGUCGGCCCCCUGCCCCUGGGAUGGGGAAGAGAGUUAGCACAGCAGGGGCUGCCCUGCGUCUCCUUCCCUAGGAUGCUGGCUGGCCAGCGCUGUCCAGUAGCUGAGGCCACUACUGACCUGCCAGGGAUUAAGAGGAAGGGCCUGGCUGGGUGGUGGCUCAGGCCUGUCAUCUCAUCCCUUUGGGAGGCCAAGGCGGGGGGAUCGCCUGAGGCCAGGAGUUUGAGACCAGAUUGGGUAACAUGGUGAGGCUCUGCCUCUACAAAAGAAAAAUUUAAAAAUGAGCUGGAUGCAGUGGUUCAUGCCUGUGGUCCCAGAUAUUCAGGAGGCUGAGGUGGGAGGAUUGCUUGAGCCUAGGAGGUCGAGGCUGCAGUAAGAUGUGAUCAUGCCACUGUACUGCAGUCUGGGCACCACAGCAAGACUGUCUCAGGAAUAAAAAGGAAAGGUUCUUUGGAAAAGCCACGGACCACUUGUCUUCAGGCGCCUCCUUCAACUCCUGUGUCCCAGCCAGCUGCUCCCAGGGGCCUGCACACAUGGAGAGGUCUCUCUGCUCCUGGACACUUCUCAUGGAGUACAACCCGGACUGUGCUGGGGUUGGGACAGAGCCCCCUCGCCCACAGAGGCAGAAGGAAGCAGCGUGCGUCCUGUCUCCUUCCAGGCUGCAGGCCUGCCCUUUAGUUAUUUAUAGCCAGAGCUGGAGAGGCCAGCUCAGAUGAGGAGUGACCCUGGGGGCACACGGGUUCCACGCUGCAACCCAGCUUCCAAGGCUGAGUCUCCUCCACAAAGGGGAAGCGACGGGGUUUUCCCUCUAUCUCAAGCAUCAACCCCAUGCACACACAAAGUGCCCAGUUCUGUGGCGCUAGUAGCAUUCUGAUCCUGACGGGCUUCACCGGGGCUCUCCAUGCAAGUUCUGGGGUUUGCCAUCUCUUCUGACAGAGGCUGCAGGAGUUGAGGGUGUCUGACAUGCACUGAGGGCAGAGGCCCCCUUAUUCCUGAGGCAGCUGCUGCUCACUGUGGGGAAAAUAAACUGCGGUGAUGUUUUUGGGACAGUUUCUUGGCAAAGGCGGCUGCACUGUCAGUACCACCAAGUAGGUGGAGGUGGUGAUCAGAUGAUCUUUUUUUUUUUUGGUCUAGUUCGAUCAGUUGCUGAGAGAGGGGUGUUAUUGCCAUGGCUGGGCAUUUUAUCUGUCUCCCUUCAAUUUUGCCGAAUUUUGCUUCCUGCAUUUUGAAGCUCCUUUAUGUCCAUGCACAUUUGAUUGUUGUGUCUUCCUGAUGAAUUGACCCUUUUAUUGUCAAACGUCCCCCUCAGUCUGCAGUGGAGAGUCCCAGGGACAGAGACUUCCGGUUCUGACAGCGGAAUCCCUUCGGAGCGACGAGGGCGGGGUCACCACUCACGCUCUCUCAUCUGGAAAGAGGCAAGAACAGGGCAGCUUGGACUUUUUGUGUGGGUGGGUGGCUCAUACAGUUAUGGAGGGCUUCUAAGAAAAACAAUCCAAAAUAUAAAACUAAAACUGGAAGGGCUAUGCAGGGGAGGGGACUGAGGCUUCCUUGUGAAUCUGACAUUGGUAGAGGCCGACUGCAGGCUCCCGGUCCCGGCCCCAGAAAAUGCAAAACGACUAGUACGUGUUGACUUCAGAGAAGCAAAGAUGCAGCUCAAAAGCAGCAUUAGGAUUUUCAUCCGUCCCGUUCUCUUUUGCGUAGCUUCAAAGAGGCAUAACACUGACCUGGGAGGGAAGAUGAAGAGCCAGGCCUUUCAGAAAGUGGCCAAUGGAAGGUGCCGGCCGAGCGCACUGCAGUAACAGAAGGUGAAAGCUGGAGCCUGGUGGCUGUUGCUGCAAACAAACCACCCAAGACUUAGUGGCUUAAAUCACAACAGUCUAGCUCAUGAAUCUGUAACUUGGGCAGAGCUUGGUGGAGACGGUUUGCCUCUGUGGUUCAACUGGAGGGUUUGUUCACGUGGCUGCCAAGAGGAAGCUGGCUGGGAAUGUCAGGCCUUCGUUCCUGCCCAUGUGAGGCUCUCCAUGGAGGAGAGGCAUCUUCUUAGGAAGGCAGCUGCCAUAUUGUGAGGAAGCUGGACAAGCAGGGCAGACAGCCAGAGCCAGACAGCAGGCUCCUGGUCCCAGUCUCAGAAAAUGCAAAGGGACAAGUAGGUGUUGACUUCAGAGAAGCAAAGAUGCAGCUCAGAAGUAGCAUUAGGACCUUCAUCCAUACCCCUCUCUUUUGCAUAGCUUCUAAGGGGCAUGACAGUGACCUGGGAGGUAACUGUGACAGAACGAAGAGGGGAGACGAAGAGCCAGGCCUUUCAGAAAGUGACCUGGGCUUCCUCACAAUAUGGCAGUUGCCCUCCUAAGGUGGACAUUCUGAGGGACGGAUGGAAGCUCUGUGGUGUUUCAUAACUCGGCCUCAUGUCACAGAGUGUCACCUUUCCUGCACUCUACUGAGGCAGUGACAAGGAACCCACCCCAGGUUCACGGGGAGAGGCUGUGGCAGGGAAUGUGAGGCAACAGAAUAUCGCUGUGGCCAUUCAUGAACAGUCAGCCCCACUCGGCGUUCGCUGUGGGGAUUUGGCUGGUGCACCUGCUAGACGACCUGACCUGUUUUCCGAUUUCAUCUUCUGCAAAAGGUUAACCGCUGGAGUGAUGUGAGAUUAAACAGAGGUGAUAAAAAUA